AUGCCACGUGUCUCCGUCCAAGCGGGAACCGAUGUGGAGCUAGCUGUCUUUCCGCCUACCGAAUCGCAGCGAAAGGAUGGUUUCCCGUUUCUCUCGCACCUUACUACAUCGCGUCUUAGAAUCAGGCGAGCAAGAGGCAGCAUGGCAAGCCAGCAAGUUCCGCAGGUGCCACGUGGCGGACAGGCACAGGCUGAGGCCGAGCAGAAGCCGCAGGAGGGCGUCUCAUGGGCUGAGCGAGUGAAGGGAACCAUGGAAAAGGGCUCCACAGAGGAAAGGCCUACUGAGCGUAAGAGCAUGGCUGAAACAAGCGAGGGAAAGAGCGUGGAGGAAGAGAGGGCUAAGCAGGCUAAAGAGCAUCAGGCAGCCGCUUCAACCAAGCGUGAGGAGGCUAAAAAGGAGGCGCAGCAGGCGGGUAGCCAGGUGACAGAGACCACCAAGAAGGCAGGUGAGGCGACUGCGGAAAAGGGACGUGAGGUGACGGAGAAGGCCAAGGAAGGACUCAUGUCAGGGACAGAGACAGUGACGAAGAAGACUGAGGAGCUGACGGAAAGGGCGAAAGAGAGUCUGGGAGAGACUGCAGAGAUGCUCAAGUCUAGCUUUGGCAAGGGGCAGGAGGAGGUUCAGGAGGGGGAGACGGCCAUAGGUAAGGGAGUGGAUGUGAAAGGGAAGGAAGAGGCUGCUGCUGUCCUAGAAGCAUCUGCUAAGAGGUUGGGUCAGCUGGCAGAGGUUUUGAAGGAAAAGGGUUUGGAAGCUGAACAUGUGGUGGAGGGGGCAGCCAGCAAGAUAUAUUCUGACAUUCAGCAUGCGAUGGAGAAGCUCUCAUUUGUAGGGGGGGGAGAGAAGACCGGUGGUGAUGUGAAGCAAGUGGAGGGGACUGGUGAGGGAGUUAAGGCUGCAGCAGAAGAUGUGCACGAAGCAGUGAAGACCACUCAGGGUGUUACUCAGACUGUUGUGGUGGGUGCUGCUGAGGUGCUUGUUGCUGCUGGUGAUGCUGUAACCGAUGCUGCUAAGGCAAUUGGAUCGAGUCUGCAGUCACUGGUGCAGCCUUAUGAGAAAGGCACAGCUCCAUCUGCAGACACGUCCGUCCCCUCAGGCACUACUACCAAGACGGAGGAGGAACACAACAAGGAGUCUGGUGCAGGUUCUUAG